AGGAGCUUGUUGCAGCGGGAUCCUACUCGAUGCAGCAGCCCCAUCAGAACCUGUGGGUCCUCCCCCCCCCGCCAAACCUACCUCUCCAUCUAGAGCAGCCUUGUUAUCACUUCCAUCGGUGCGCCCCGGCUCGUGGCUCUCACAGCCCCGACGCAUCCCUCAAAUAUGAGUCGCAUCACCCGGAGACUGCAUGCCGGUGCUACAUAGGAAUUUACUCCAGAAUGACUAUCACAAUGCAUCUCACGGCCGUGUUCUUGUUUGUAGCCGUAACAGGCAUUGCCGGAGGUUGGGGAUGCAGCUGCAACACAGAGAAUGGAUUUUGUGGGAAGACUGGAAAGUGCAGGUGCAAACCAGGCUGGCAGGGAGACCAUUGCGAACGCUGCAUCCCCUUCCCGGGCUGCCUGCACGGCUCCUGCGAAAAAGCGUGGCAGUGUGUCUGUCAACAGGGCUGGGUGGGCAGCCUCUGUGACCAAGAUACUCGCCUGUGCUCAUCGCGGCCUUGUUCUGGGAAUGCCACCUGCAUAGAGACCGGAGAAGGGGGGUACCUGUGCGUCUGUCCCCAAGGUUUCACUGGACCGACCUGUCAGCUGAGGAGGAACAUCUGUCUCACUGAUGGCUCCCCUUGCCAGAAUGGAGGUACUUGCACAGAAAUGAGUGACGCCUUGGAAGCCCACUCUUCCUGUUUAUGCCUGCCUGGAUUUUCUGGAAACUUCUGUGAGAUCGCUGCUGACGUCUGUCAAUCCAACCCGUGUCUAAACGGCGGCAACUGCACCAACCACGGGGCGACCUUCAUGUGCUCAUGCCUUCAAGGCUUCACCGGUUUGAAUUGUAAUGACACUGGCCUCUCUCCGUGCUCCGCCACGCCCUGCGCCAACGGAGCCAUGUGUGUCAGCCAACCUGACGGAACCUUUCGCUGCGUUUGCCCAAAAUGGUUCUCGGGCCGGGUGUGUUCCGCGCAGCGGCGGCCAAAAGCCAAGCCGAAGCAAGCUGCCAGCAAACCCCUGGACCACGGGGUGUUUGCGCUGACUCCGCAGCACUACUCGCUCCCUGCCCACGCCUUCCACAAGCUUCUCCAACCACCCGAGAGGGAUCUGCUCAAGAUCACGCUGAAGGAGACGGUGCACCGUUCCCCCGGUGUGCUGUCCAGUCACGCUCAGCUGGUGUGUUUUGCCAUGCUGGCCCUGCUCACCUGCCUAGUCAUCCUGGCCACCACGGGCAUCGUGCUGUUCGGCCGCUGCGAGACGUGGCUGGCCAACGCCAAGUACAGCAAGCUCGUGCGGCAGCAACGCGAGCACCUGCUGAAGGAGGCGGGCGGAGCGAGCCACGAGGAGACGGAACACUCGGUGAACAUCAUCCUGCCGGAGAAGAUCAGACUGAACAGCUUUGGGAGGCACUACACCUCCAUCUGACCUCCGGAAGGCGAUACCGUGAAUGUAAAUCAGAAGUGAACCUUGUUGAUACAAUAUAUUUGAAUGUACAGUCGAGCACAAACAUGGCACUGAUUGUAAGUACUUUAAGGCAGGGGUUCUCAAACCCUUUGAGGGGAAACGUUUCCAAGGACCCCUUCAUCAUCCCAAUGCCAAUUAAACAUAACUACCACGUGUCCCCCAAAAAUGCCUUGGGAAUCAUUUCUAUUUCGAACGUUUCAACUGGCAUGACCUGUUUAAAAGAAAGGAACCAAAUUCUGUUGAAUUAAUUGCAAUAUUUGUCCAUCGUCGCUAGCUGAUGUGCAUUACUGUCACUAACAACAGGGUUGUGAACAGCGCUGUUAACAAAGAGGAUUUAUUUACUAAUGCACAGUCAGUGUUGCAAACUUAGCGCUUUGGUCAAUAUAUUUAGCGACUUUUCCAAUCUUUUUAGGGACUUUUUAUUUGUAUUACUUAAUAAAGCGACUCAGAAGUUCAAUUCCCAAUAAGAAGCAAACCCAAGCGGACUAAUUUUCACUUUGUUUUUCGUAUGACAAAAACGGAGCUGUGCAAUCUCUGAGUCAAAUGCGCUGAACAUUGCAAAGACAUGCUGCCCUUUUAUAUUUUGCAAAAGUGAUUCAUCCACGUUGGAAACUUUUGAUUCAAGGUAUGUGCUUCCAAGCUGCAGUUAUUUUGGUGAGCACACCUUGCCUCACCUGUACAACUCUACAUGAAAAGAGCACGAGAGCGCUAGAAAUGCUGCACGCAUGCAGGGAUGCCAGAUUUAUCUGUUAGUUUACAAACAUAUCAGUGCUUUUAAAUGGCCCAAAGCUAAGAUGCGACAUUAAUUUCUUUCAAAUCAUUUUGUGGACCUCCAAGUUACAUCUCAUGGAGCCCUGGGAGUCAGGGAACCCCAGUUUGAGAACCUUUGCUGUAACGUGUGACAUUAUGAAACAUGUUAAAUACCAAAUCGCAAGGUGUUGUGUGCCAGUUCUUUAAGUCAUUAGUUUAAUAUAUGCAAACAUUUUAGGACCAUACGAAACAUUGUGCAUUUUCUAUGUUUAUUAAUGCAAAAACAGUUGCCAAAAUGUUAGGUACACCUGCACAAUCUAAUGAGAUUCAAUACACGAGCGGUAUGGGAAAACAAACAUGCUUUUUCACUUCAGCUCCCACUUCUGGAUCUGCUUUGCUCCAGUGCAAGUGGACUGUAACAACCAAAAGCGAAAAUCAAUUUCCCCAUCAGGCAUUUUAGCGGAAUUGACACAAAAAUCUCACGAGUUCUUGCUCAGCACGUGUGCUGCUCUGCUCCUCGGAACAAUUUGGUGGAAAUGGGUUGCGUCAUUUUUGCGUGAACAAACCAACAAAUCAAAACAAGACCUCUCAAACCUGGGUAAUAUUAAUGCUCAGUUUGGGACUGUCGCUACUGUAUAAGGUUCAUUGAAGACUAAAUUAUCGUUACCAGUACGGGGUGCACCGCUCCGCUUGCCUGAAAUCAGCUGGGAUAAGCUCCAGGUCCCCACUAAUGACGAAAAUGGAUGGAUGGAUAUAAUUACAGAUUUUUUUAAAAUAUGAAAUCUUUGAUUUUUAAACUUUGAAACAGGUACAUUUGAUGCUCUGCAUUAAAAAAAAUUGUAAUUAAAAUGAUUUAAACUUGAUUUAUACUUAUAUGUAAUUAAAAGAGGGAAAUAAAAUCACCAAAUAAGGCCAGUUGCAGAGGUUUCAGAUUCUUUUAAACUGGCAUAUUUUUAUUCAUUCAGAUUUUGAAACUUACUUUAGAACAGGCCAAUCUGACCUGCAGUACGACACGGGGGUUAACGUUGUUUUUAAAGUUAUGUUAUUUUUUGCCAUCUUGUAUUGGCUCGCAUUAGAUUGUGCAAUGACCGCAUGGCUAACACUGACUGUACAUCAAGGAAAUGUCGAAGUGAUCAUAUGAUAAAGUAACCACUUCCAGAGAUUUGUAGAAUUUAAGUGUUGCAUAUAGAUAUCCAUUUCCUACAUUGUAAAAUUGUCGUUGAUAAUUAUUGUGAGAAAGAUUCAUUAAUCUAUCAUUAAAUAUUAAUAUUAAUGCAGUAUAAUUAGAGGUCAUUUGAAAGAAAUGUGUUAUUUCAGGUGUGUAUUAAGCUUUUAUCCCUUUGCAUUAAUCAGGACCCAAGAGGUAGCUCAAUUUCAAAAAGCUUGGUGACUCCUGCUGCACAUGUAUUCAAUUUCAAACAAAGCAGGUGCUUAUUAGAAAUAUAAAGGCUCAUUGGCAUGGAUAAAGAGUUCUUAUUCAAUGUGGCUGGAGGUGUCAAGUACCGCUGACUGACUGCAACUUAGUUUUUUUUCCCUGAUUGUUCCCUUCAAAUAUGGAUGAAAAUUUCAACAUCCAUAUACUUUUUAUCCAAACCAUCCUGGCCUUCCGUAAUUAAUCAGUCUGGAGCACAUGUGAGGUUUCUGUCCAACUUUACUUCCUACUUAGUGCCAGCUCUGCUGAGCUCCAAAAUGAAGGUUGGAUCAAAGCUGUUAAAUGUCUUUCUCCAGGUAGCUACCCACUCCUCCUGAUGCAAGGGGGGAAAUGAUUCAUGACUUGUAAAUGUAAUGAUGAUGUGCGUCAUUUUGUGAUAGAGUCACACGUGUGGAGCAAUAGUGCAUGGAAAAAUAGUCAGAUUUAUUAGCUGGUGACAAGUGGAUUUGUUUGCGGUUGUAUACACAGGCAGAUUUAUGUUUUCCUGUUUUUAGAACAUUUCUCCCCAUUCUUUAUUGAAGUCACAAUAUAUUAGAAU